ACUUUAUUUAUUUUUGGGUUAACAUCUUGGUGCUGGAUUUUAAAUUCGAUUUAUUUUGAAGGUGGGUCACGAAAUCGCAGUCGAGCCCAUACUCACGUACAGAAGCAGAACCGCACUCGAUCACAAAAUCAAAUUCGAUUUACUUAUUGCCUUCUUCCAACGGUUACAGUCUUACAGAGUACUUCCCCUCCCUGUCAGUCCCCGCCACAUGCCAUUUCUUCACCACAAUGACGCCGAAAAUCUCCAUCGCCAGAAGCCACCCAUGUGACUUCCGCUUAUACUCUGUUCAGUUCUUCGACACUCCCAUCGAAGUCACUGUCACUUCCUCCGCCACCGUCGUACGGAAAUGGCUUCGCACCACUCUCUUCCUCCGCCGAAGAUAUCUUGGUCGCCUUGUCGUCGGCCUUGGUGUUCAGUGGACUCCACCCAACACUGCCGCCGAUACUCUCCAGCUCUGCGUGGGCUCUCGCUGCUUGAUCAUCCAACUUUCUCUAGCCGCUACCGUUCCGCUCAUUCUUCGACGCUUUCUCUUGGACUCCAACACCACUUUCGUUGGGAUUUGGAAUGGCUCGGACGAGAAGAAGCUGUGGAUGACGGAACACGAGUUGAGGGUUCACAGACUUGUGGAUUUGAGAAGGUAUGUACGUACUAGAGAUGGAGAGUCUCUUGCUAGGGCUUCGGUGGAGAGGAUUGUGGAGGAGCAUUUAGGCUACAAGGGGGUGAGAUUGGAGAGGGAUAUCAGCAUGAGUGAUUGGGAUGUUGAGAAUCUCUCUUAUGAGCAGGUUUUGCAGGCUUGCAUCGAUGCUCAUGUGGCCUUCGAGAUUGGCAAGGACUUGCGAGCUUGGGAGCUGUGAAGCCCAGGUUUGAAGUACACAGGCGUUUGUUACUGAUUUUGUGUAGCUCUUUUCUGUUUUCCACUUCUGCAGACAAGAUGAUACAGAUAUUUUUUGCAUCCGUAAGUGGAUUUGGUUGUAAGUAUGACGAAAGAACGUGGCAAACAAUUUGCUAGAAAUUGUAAAAAUAAUUAACUGAAAUCGUUUUGGCUUUUAAGCGGUGGUUUUUUAUGGUUCUUUAGGGCGAUGAAUGGCACAAUGUUUAAUGC